GGGGAAAGUGCGGGGGAAAGUAAAUGGAUGAGGAACAGCCUUUGACACAACACCGGAACGUUUCAUCACAAAUUAUACACCUCGCGUUGUGUCUGGAGAGGACCCAUCAGUCCACUAUGGCGGCGCCCGGUGGAACUUUAAACUGUGAGGACUUCUCAAUGUUUCAGGAGGUGCUGAAGGUGAUGCGCACUAUAGACGACCGCAUUGUCCAUGCCCUGAACACCACAGUGCCCACUGUCUCCUUCUCAGGAAAAGUGGAUGCCACACAAACAUGCAAACAACUCUAUGAAUCUCUGAUGGAGGCCCAUCUGAGCAGAGACAAAGCUAUCAAGUCCUGUAUAGCCCAAACAUCUGAGGUGGUGGGACAACUGCGUGAAGAAAGAGCAAAAGACAGCGAAAACCUGGCGCUCAUCAAACAGCUCAGAAAGGAGCAGACGAAAUUAAAGCUUAUGCAAUCAGAGCUGAAUGUUGAAGAAGUCGUCAAUGACAGAAGUCUGAAGAUUUUCAAGGAAAGGUGCAGAAUCCACUACACACCUCCGAAGGUGAAGUGAAGCCCCACCUGAUGAAAGGAGCUGCAUCUAACGAGGUUGAAAUCCAGACUGGAGCUGAAACUGUGACCUGCUGCUGAGUCCUGACUGCAGGCUGUUCACCAUCCAGACCACUGUGACCUCUUGUCCAUCACACGUACUAUAUUCCAUUGUGAUUCUUGUGUUGCAUUACCACAGCUGUAAAACAAUCACCUGUGUGCUUCUUUAAUGGGAAACAUUGUACAAAAAGUUUUUUUUAAAAAGACAAUGAAAUGUUUUCAAGUGACA